AUGCUAUCAAGAGUACUCAGUGUACACAAGGAAGCAAAAGGGACAGUCUUGAUAGUAGGUGUCUAUGUUGAUGAUUGGCUGGUUACUAGCGACUGUCCAAAUGAUAUUGACGAAUUCAAAUUGGAGAUGAAGGGCAAAUUUGAAAUGAGUGAUCUUGGUUUACUGACUUAUUACAUGGGAAUCGAGGUGAGUCAGUGUGGUACAAGGAUAACCUUGAAGCAAGAAUCUUACACGAAGAACAUCCUAAACAAGACCAAAAUGAUGGACUGUAAUUAUACAAAGAGCCUAAUGGAGAACAUAUUGAGGUUGUCUAAAGAUGAAGAAGGAGAGCUUGUAGAUCCCAUUAAGUACAACAGUAUUGUUGGUGCACUCAUGUAUCUAACACAUACGCGCCCUGAUCUUUUAUUUAAUGUUGGGGUUGUUAGUAAUUUUAUGGAGAAGCCAUCUAUAAAACAUCUUCAAGAUAUAAAGGCAAUACUUAGAUACAUAAAGGGCACCUUUUCAAAACAUGUUGAUUAUUAG